CUCACUGAUGCAAAUUAAUUCCAAAUUGAACUCAAAACCGUAUGAUUGCCUAUACUAAUGACAUUAGUCUCGAAGUUUAUAAUAAAUAGAGCUCAGGAAACCUGGGUCUGAAAAUGUGGUUUGUUGAGAGUUUGUCAGUCAGUUAUGAUCAAAAUGAUCACCUAUACACAGAAAAAAAAUCAGCUUAUAAAUGGCUAACUAAUGUAUAUUAUAAAUGACUAAUUAAGUUGCACUCUUUUUAUGUCUUAGAACCCCCAAGAGCCAAUGCCUCAAUAUCAGAGUCAAUGCAGCGUUUUGAUGAUGUGAUCCUGGAUUUUAUGACAGAACAAGAUAUACCUGGGGCGAGUGUUGCCUUGAGUAGACAUGGAAAUCUGCUGUAUUGUCAAGGUUAUGGCAGUGCUGGUGUUGGAAGGAAAGUCCAACCGGAUUUGUUGUUCAGGAUUGCCAGCAUCAGCAAGACAGUUACUGCUGUAGGUAUCAUGAGACUUGUUGAAGAAAGAAAACUUUCCUUGGAGGAUAUAGUGUUUGGACCACAAGGAAUUUUGAGUGAGUACACUCCAACAGAGAAUGGAGACAGACGGAUUGUGGACAUCACGGUAAAACAUCUACUGCAUCACUCUGCUGGUUGGGACAGAGACAAGGCUGGGGAUCCUGUGUUCUGGAAGGUUGGCAAGUACAUGGAUGUUGCUGAGCCUGUGGCCCCUGGAGUUUUGAUAAAGUAUAUGAUGGGAAGAAAGCUUCAGUUUGGUCCAGGCAAAAGACACGCCUAUUCCAAUCUCGGUUAUACCGUUUUGGGACAAGUGAUCGAAAGAAAGACAGGACAAGCCUAUGAAGAAUUCAUGACGGGUCUGUUGAAGAGUGUGGGUAUAAACCAAAUGAAAAUCGGCCGAACUCGGAAGAAAGAUCUUGGCGAUGAAGAGGUGGAAUAUUUUCACAAUCGCCAUCCAAGGAUGGUGAAGUCAGUAUUUCCCGACGGGGGCAGAGUGCCUCCACAGUAUGGGAGGUGGACCAUGGAAGAGGCUGAUGCGCAUGGCGGGUGGACCGCGACCGCUGCUGAUUUAUUGCACUUCCUCCUCGCUCUGGAGCAUGGUGUGAAUGGUGGCAGAAUUAUCUCAGCCGAAACUUUUGGAACAAUGCUUGAAAAACCGUCCUUUGAAAAAGACGCGGAAGAAUGGUACGGGUUUGGUCUUGACAUCCGAGACAAUGGUAGCACUUGGGGUCACAGCGGACAAAUGGAGGGUACCUCGGGUGUUUUAACGCGCCACUGUGGGGGAUAUGCUUGGGCACUGUUGUUCAAUUCCUGGGCUAAAGACUUGGAUCUAGACGGCUUGGUGAAGUAUGCGUUGAGUCGCAUUGCCUCUGUUACAAAUCAACAUAUUUCAUGUGUCAUCCCCGACGCCAUAAGGACAGAGGACAAUCGUCAGGUCAUUAAAUUGAUGAUACCAGUCAGUGAUUUCUGGUCAUUGUAUGAAGAUUUGAAACGAGGAGGAUUUGAUUUGACAUGGCUUAACGCCUAUAAAAUGGCGGAUGCUGUACACUUUAACACGAUUUUCAUUCAAAGCUGCGGCUUAAAGCCGGCUACCACUGUUUAUAUUGGAUUAACAGCCGACUCGUGUCGCGACCAUGUUAACAGUCUCGUUGGUCUUCGGCCUUUCCAUAUCGAGAGCUACGUCGAAAACAACGAGCUUCUGUAUGCUGUGCUUUUAACUCCUACAAAUGGAGUGUCAUGGACGUUAAAUUACGAUCUCACUGUCGCUCAACAUCGAAAAACCAUGCCCAUAAUGUUUAAAAGUGAUUACAACUUAACAGUACAAUGCCUAACUGAGUUCAAGGGUCGGUUACACGUGACAGCUCUAUACGAAAAAGUCCCGAAUGGCGAAUGCAUCGCCGAAUUUGACCUUAAACCGGAUUAUUACCAGUUUGAAUUUCACAAACAAGCCAAGCAGGGUGUGACGUUAUCUUACGUCAGGGCCUAUCACGUGAAAAGCAAACCUCGGUUUAGUGUAGUCUGGACCAAUCAGAUUGCGCGCUUAAGCGGAACAAGGCAUAACGUUUCCAAAUAUGGCUUUUUGUUCGAGCUUGAAGAAGCAGCAAAGAAGAAUUUUUACGCGCAGUGCAUCAGUUGUUAUGUAAGUGAAGAUGUCCUUAAUUUUGUUGCAUCGUGGAAUAAAGAAAUAGUUCAAGAAAACUGAAA